GGUACCAAAGGAGGCCUGAUCUUUAUGCGUACCCUUUUUCCUUAUCGGGGGACGGUCUGGCGCGUCCCGUCCCCGCUUUGGUUCGUCUGUGCUUACGGAACCAAAAAAACGACUAUCGUAUCAUUUUCUUCUUCUCGCGCUGCCAAGUAGCGAAAAAUUGAAUUAGUAGCAGGACUGUGAAUUUAGGGUUUCUUUGGUUGCUCUAAUUUAGGGUUUCUACUUUGCCAUGGAAGAAGAGGAGGAAUGUGCGGGCGUUUACAGGCCUUCUCUGAAAAUCGAGCAUUCGAACCACGACAAGUUUGAGGAGCUUGAGGAGUUCCCAAAUGUUCAACAAUGCGGAGUUAUUCCAGAGAUGGACGAUUCGCAGCUUGUCGGGGGGUCGCCCGUUGUUACUGAAGGGGCUGAUGUGGCUGGGGAAGGAGCUGAUGUGGCUGAAGAUGAGUCAGCUAUGGUCGGGGAAGGGGCUGCUGUGGCUGGAGAAGAAGCUUCGCCGAUGGAAGAGGCGGAGGUCGAGAUGGAGAUGGACGCAGAGGAGACCGAGGUUACAGAGACUACCAAAAGUGGCGGGAAGCGCAAGCGAGGACGGCAGGCGAAGGUUCAGCCCAGAUAUUCAUCGAAGAAGAAUGAAGAGGAUGUGUGUUUCAUUUGUUUUGAUGGCGGGAACCUCGUGCUUUGCGAUCGCCGGGGCUGCCCUAAAGCGUAUCACCCUGCUUGUGUUAACCGGGAUGAGGCAUUUUUCCGUUCUAAGGGUCGCUGGAAUUGCGGUUGGCAUAUAUGUAGCAAGUGUGAAAAGGCUUCUUCCAUUUAUAUGUGCUAUACAUGUACAUUUUCUUUAUGCAAGAAUUGCAUCAAUUUAGCUGAGUUCUUUUCUGUUAGAGGAAACAAAGGUUUCUGUGCUACAUGCAGGAGUCUUGUAAUGCUGAUUGAAAAUGGUGCCCAGGCUAACCCGGAAAUGGCUAAUGUAGAUUUUGAUGACAAAAGUAACUGGGAGUACCUUUUCAAGGAUUACUGGAUGGAUUUGAAACAGAAGCUGUCUUUAGCUUUAGAAGAACUCACUCAAGCCAGAAAUCUGUCAAAAGGAUCUGGUGACACUCAGAAGGACGAAUCUUCUGAUGAACUGUAUGAUGCUAAAGAUGAUAAAGGUUCCAAUUCAGACAGUUCUUCUGGUCAUGCUGAAGAAGAAAAUUCCAAAAGAAGGAAGGCUAGAAAACGAUCAAAGACCACCAAAAUUGGGGAUUCUCCUGGUGUGGCAGAGGCAGCUGGUGGAGAUGAGAUAUUUAUGCCUGAUAACAUUGAGUGGGCUUCAAAAGAGCUUCUGGAGUUUGUUUCACACAUGAGAAAUGGUGAUAAGUCUGUUCUAUCACAAUUUGAUGUCCAAGCGCUCUUGCUAGAAUAUAUUAAAAAAAACAAACUUCGUGAUCCUCGGCGGAAAAGUCAAAUUAUUUGUGAUUUGAGACUUGAGAAUCUCUUUGGAAAACCACGUGUGGGGCAUUUUGAAAUGUUAAAGCUUCUUGAAUCUCACUUUCUCAUAAAAGAUGAUCCUCAGGCAGAUGAUAUUCAAGGGGAAGCUGUCAAUACUGAUGCAAGUCCCUUGGAUGUUGAUGGGAACAAUGAUAUUGUCACAAAGGCAAGUAAAGAUAAAAAGCGUAAAACACGCAAGAAAGGAGAUGAGAAAGGACCACAAACCAAUCUUGAUGAUUAUGCGGCAAUUGAUGUUCAUAAUGUUAACUUGAUUUAUUUGCGACGUAGCUUGAUGGAGGAUCUACUUGAUGAUACUGCUAAGUUUCAUGACAAGGUCAUUGGCUCUUUUGUAAAAAUAAGAAUUUCUGGCAACAAUCAAAAGCAGGAUAUGUACAGGCUAGUUCAAGUUAUAGGUACAUGCAAAGCUGCAGAGUCUUACAAAACUGGCAAAAAGGAAACAAAUGUGAUGCUAGAAAUAUUAAACUUGAACAAGACAGAGAUCAUAUCAAUCGAUACAAUUUCAAAUCAGGAGUUCUCUGAGGAUGAAUGCAAACGUUUGCGCCAGAGUAUAAAGUGUGGAUUGAUUAAUCGGCUCACAGUGGGUGAAGUUCAAGAGAAAGCAAUGGCACUUCAGGCAGUGAGAGUCAAUGAUUGUUUGGAGUCGGAGAAGCUGAGGCUUAGUCAUCUUCGUGACCGGGCUAGUGAAAAAGGGCGCAGAAAGGAGCUUAGAGAGCUUGUGGAAAAAUUGCAGCUUCUAAACACGCCAGAGGAGCUUUCACGUAGACUACAAGAAAUUCCAGAAGUGCAUGCUGAUCCAAAUAUGGAUCCAAGUUAUGAGUCUGAAGAAGAUGAAGGGGAACCAGAUGAUAAGAAUAGAGAUAAUUUUGUCCGGCCAAGAGAUGAUGGAUUUAGUAGGAAGGGAAGAGAGAGGGAGCCCAUCUCUCCCGGAAAAGGAGGUUCAGCUACAUAUGACGGCUGGAGUGGAGCUCGGAAAAGUUUCUCGAGUUGGGAAUCAAGCAAAAAUGUUUCCAUGAGAAGUCUUUUGGACAAAGGAGAUGGAGCCAUAGGGUCCAGUGAGAGAACACACGCAUCUACAUGGAAUCAAGGAAGAGAUACUUCUGAUUCAAGCAGUUGGGAGAAACCUAAAAACCAGACAGUUGUCACUGGUUUGGAUACUGGUGGUUGGAAUACCCAAGGUGCGGUUAGAUCAAGCAUACCGUCUUCUGGGUCUGCACCCCUCUCUGCAGGUACAGCUCUGUCAACUAACAUCAAUGAGACUGAGAAAAUGUGGCACUACCAGGACCCAUCUGGGAAAGUUCAAGGGCCAUUUUCUAUGGUACAGCUGCGCAAAUGGAGUACAACUGGAUACUUUCCUGCUGAUCUGAGAAUAUGGAGGUCAACAGAAAAACAAGAAGACUCUAUUCUUCUGACUGAUGCAUUGAAUGGGAAGUUCCUUAAGGACUCGUUACGGGUAGGCAACAGCUUUUCACAGCCUCAAAAAGUUAUACCUGCAUCUGAUAAUAGGGAAAGUAGCUGGAAUGGUGGUUGGAGAGGGAACAAUGGCACUUCUGAUAAAGUCGAUGGAUGGGGCUCUCGGUCAUCUGGUUGGAUCGCAACAGCACCUGAAGUUGUUAAUCAUAAUGAAACACAGACUGGAGUUACUUCACGAGGCUGGAGCUCAUCAAGGAGUACCAAUGCUUGGUCUGUUCAGCCGCAAGUACACAAUCAACACCCCUCACCCUCAUUUUCUGGGAAGCCAUACAGAAUGCCAUCACAUCAGGGAAGAGAAGGUCAAGGUGGUGAGAGAUGGAAUUCUGGUCAGAAUCGUGGGACUUGGAACCCAAAUAAAUCUACAGGGUUUCAGUCUAGUAGUGGGCAUGGUUAUGAGAAGAGAUCCAGUAACUGGGGUUCUUCUGGCCAACCGUCUGCAGAAAGUUGGAGAUCUCAAUCAGGAAGCAGUUCUUUGAAGGGAUGGAGUAGUCCAUCCUCAGGCGAAGCCCAUAAAGUUGCAAGAGAAGGGUGGGGUUCUGAUCAAGGUAGUAAAACUGAUUCAACAAAACUUCUCACUCCUACUCCAGGGGGCAAUAUUGUGCAGCAUUCAGUGUCUGAACCUCUCAGGACUGCUUCUGGCUGGGGGGAGCAGCCUCAUAUCUCUCUGACAUCAUAUGCUGGGAGCAGGGACUCUGGUGCUGCUUCAGUGCUUAAGCCAUCUGAUACAUCAGAUAAGGUAAGCAGAAUUGAUUUUUCAAAUCCUCCUACUCCUACCCCAAAGUCUGGCAGUGGUGGCUGGGCAGGGAGUCAGGGUGUUGAAAAUAAAUUAGCUACAGCUCCAACGGCGACUGCUCAAGAAACAAACUCCUGGGGUAAUGCUAGCAAUCCAUCAAGUGAUGUGAUGCAGCAAUCAGUUUCCUCGUCUAAUGAACCUAUAAAAAUUAAUGCUGAUUUGGGUAAUCAGAUGUAUAAUCCAGCAAAACCUCCUGCAGAAUUGGACUCAGGUUCUGAAAGUGGCAAGCUGGCAUAUUCUAGCACUGUGCCUGUUUCCACUAAGCCAGCAGCAGAUGGAAUUGAUGGUUCUGAUGUUUCUCAGACAAGUAUAUCUGGAUCCAAUGGUUUUGAUUCUCUGGCCAAUCAGGCGGUUUUUGGCCUUCCCCACCAAAAUGAUAGCGUAGCAUUUUCAGCUGGCUCAGUUUCAAAAGGCGGUGAGGAUUUGAUACAGGGUCCUAAAAAUGAUUGUUCAUUGCAUGAUAUAGUCAUUCCUUCAAGCUCUGCAAACAAUAAUCAGAUCCCUUUGCAAUUGACUUGUGAUGAUAAGCAACAUGGGGUUGCAAGGGCUCUUGAUCAGAAAGAGAAAUUUGGAUGUGAUUCUUCUCCAAGUGCUCAUGUUGACAAAGAAUCUAGACCUUCUGAUGUUUCAGUGCAACAAGAUCCAGUUGUAAAGUGCCACCCUGGCACUCUUAUGCUUGGUGCUGAUACUGUGUCAAAUGAAAGUUCACCGUCACAAGCUGCUGUCUCAAGUGUCCCAGGCUUGGCUUCAUCUGUUAAUGGUAACAAUCCUCCAGAUGGAUCUCAUGGAACAGCACAUGGUUCAAUUCAAGGGCUGGAGAUGGUUGUUUCCAGUCCAAUAACCCAAUUUCAAUCUCAUGGACCUGGAGAUGCUCCUGCUUUGAAACAAGAACUGCCUACAUCAAGUCCUGUGCCUGCCACAGGUCAAAAAUCAGAAGCAGCAACUGCAGGCCAGUGGGGUGAUGGCCAAUCUUCUGGAAAUUAUUCUGCUGUAACGCUUGGUGCUGCUGACCACACCAGAAGUUAUUGCAAUCCAGGCGUCUCAGUUCCCAACUCUUCUAGCAAUUUCAUAGGCCCAGCAGGGAUAGAAGGCAGCAAUUGGUCAACCCCAUUGACAGCUCCACCUACCAAGACUUCGAACUGGGGAGUAGGUGCUGGUGCUACACAAGGUAGCACUCAGAACAAUUAUGUUGCUCCCUCUGACCCUCGAAAGCCUCUAAUGCCAGGUAACCAAUGGGAAAUGGGAUCAAACAUCCAGCCUCCUGCAGCAUCCACAGCAGUUUGGGGUGCAGGUUCUUCGGAGAAUCCAGCUUCUGCUUGGGGACCAACACAGGGAAACGCAAACAUGGGCUGGGGAGGAUCAAAUCAAGGAAAUUCCAAUACAGGUUGGGGAUCUGGCCAGGGAGCAACAAUGCAGGGAAAUACAAAUGUGGGUUGGGGUGCACCGGCUGGAAAUCCCGGCAUGUGGGCUAGCCAGCAAAAGCACAAUGGGGAGAGGUUCUCUGGUCAUGGGGAUCGGGGAUCUCAUGGUGGCGAUUCUGGUCAUGGUGGUGGUAGGCCAUCAUGGAAUAGACAGUUGUCAUUUGGCAGUGGAGGGUCUCCCAGGCCACCGCCCAGAGGACAGAGAGUGUGCAAAUAUUUUCAUGAGAACGGACAGUGCAAGAAGGGGGCCUCCUGUGAUUAUCUGCACACAUGAUUGCUGUAACAGCAUUCGAUUUUGUACAGUCAUUUUUAUUUUGAGAUGUUUAGUUAGAUUAUAACGCUUCAGUAUGUUCUGUAAAACUUGUGCAGUAAAGCAGCUUACACCACUUAGCUGCUUCAUAUUAUAUUUUGCUUUAUUAGUCACCACUACCUGUAGUUUUGAAUUUGUUGAUGAUCGAGGAAAUGAUGCCUCUCCGUGUAGGACGAGGGCAGUGGUUUAGGCUUUUGGGCCUGGCAACUGCGUCAUGGAAAUGCAUUUGAUCAAAUGGAGUUUGGUCCCACAUG